UCAAUGUCAAUGAACGCGAUUUUACAUGUGUCAAAAAUACGUGUUUGUAUUCCUUGUUCGAAAACGAUUAAAGAUGAUAUCAGGCGAAAAUGUGUGAAAUAAUUUAAGCUUUCUUUAUUUUAUAAGUAGUAUAGUGUUAAAUUUAUCAUAGCACUCAAUUAAACUAUGACCGAGAAGGAAGAUACUACCAAAAAACCGGAACAAGAACCAUUAGACGACGAAGCUCUAGAGAAAUUAGCCGUUGAGGAACUGAUGCGGGAAGCGGUUCAAGGGGCAGCAAGAGCCGAAAUCGUGGGCCCUUCUGGUUGGGUCAAAGGACCCCAGCAGAAAACGAACAAACGCUUCCUUGUUAACACGCUGCGGAAUGCGGUGAGCUCAAACAAGUACCACAGCUCGCGGGCCGCUCACAAGCACUCGCGACACAGGUCCCCCAAAAGGGACAGGUAUCCUGAACCUAGUAUUAAGAAGGACAGAUCCAAAAGAAAAAAUUAA